AUGUUUAAGAGUCUUCUGGGAACCCAGUCGAGCACUCGAUCGUCUGACUCGAGCCGCCAUAGACAUCGUCGAGAUCGCGACGACGACGACGACAGCCGUUCGAAAUCCUCAUCACACUCUCACCAUCGUAAAUCGUCUCGCCAUCAUUCGUCUUCCUCGAAGCACAAGUCCUCACGAAGUGACGAUCGUGACGCGGACAGGCAUUCGAGCUCAAGACGGUCCUCGAGACGGCAUGACGACGAGGACGAUGGCGCACGUUCUAUCAUUGCUCCUAGCGAGAUAGCGUCUGAAGCUCCGUCGCGGACGCUGGAUGGUGAGAGGAGCACUUUUGGCGAUGACCCUAAUGACCAUUAUAAAGAGAGAAGGGCUCGCAGAAGAGGUCAUGGUGAUGACGAUUCGAUGCUGGACCAGGACUCGCGAGAUCCACGGCGUCGCGAGAGGGAGACAUACCCGGAGGAGCUGAGAUAUCGUGAUGAUGCUCCUUCCGCGGUAGACUCUGACUUACGAGAUUCUUCACGUCGUGAUAGAGAUUUAUAUUGGGGUGAACCGCGACAACGCUCGCGAGAUCGAUAUAACGAUGACGACAGACGAAGCAGAAGCAGUCGUCGAUAUGAUGAACCAAAUGCUGAUGAUAGAUACGAACCAGCUACUCGCUCGGAACGACGCAGCAGGACUCUAGAUGACCGAGCCAUCCCCGAAGGCCAACGGCCAAUUGAACCCGCGGGCCGCCGUAGAACUGCAGCUUCUGGCCCUGAGAGCUCGCGGUCUCCCUUGUACACUACUGAUACCACCUAUCCGCUGCCUACAACUUCAGGUCCUGAGAAUAUACCUCAAUCAUCGUAUGGUUAUCCUCCACCUACAUCGGGCUCCUAUCCCCCUGCAGAUAGUUCUCAGCAACCGCCUUUGAUAGGUUCAGCGGCCGAAUAUUAUGGAGACCAGGGCCAGUCGGUUCCGAAUCAACCAGGAUUCACACCCAGUGCUAUCUCACCUUCCGGGCCUGAAUACGCUCCUCCUUCAAUGCCAAUACCCCAAUUUGAUCAGCACGAAGCUGGACCAUCCGGACCACCGCCUCAGCAUGGCACUGGCACUGCGGCACUGGGCGGUAUGGCCGCCGGGGCAGCUGGCUACGGAAUAAAUUCAGCCAUGUCUGGAGGAUCACCUUCCAGCGGACCCCCAAACACAUCACCAACUAUGCCAGGAAGCAUGCCGGCCGAUAUGCCCUCCAACUCGCUGCCUAAUGCACCAUCUGGACACCCGGAUGACCGGCCUCAACACCAUUCGUCUUCAUCGCACGGGGGCCUUGCCGCCCUUGGAGCGACGGCAGGCAUUGCGGCUGCAGCAGGUCUAGCAGCAAAUGCUUAUCACAAUUCACACCACAAUUCACACGGUAACCACCAGCAAACACCGUACUCUCACAGCCAACAACAGAAUUAUAAUGGAGGCUUUCAACAGGGAAAUCUUGCCUAUCAAAGACGCCAACAAGGCCCCCUAAGAAAGUUCGUUGACUUUUGGCGAGAUCCUGAAGGCGUGGCACUGUACGAAGAAUACUCUGAAAUCACUGGAACCUGUAGGUACUGCUUCGAGCCAGGAACGACCUCUCGAGAUGCGCCACGCAAGCAUAAUCGAUAUCGCCGGAGGCCAUCCAAUGACAGCUUUGGCGGCCGAUCCAGAGUCGAUAAGUUGAGCCGAUAUGGUUCCUCUGAAGAAGAAGGCCAUCACAAGAGCUCGAACCGCAAGUCUUGGUUGGCUGCUGGCCUGGCUGCAUAUGUAGGCAAGUCUCUCUGGGACAAGGGGAAGAAGGACCGCCGUGAUCGCUCUCCAUCCAUUCGACGCCCAAAAUCAUCGUCCUCCUCAAGCGUGGGAGGGAGGGGAGCAACUUCUUAUGGGCAGACUACUGUCUCGGAAUAUUCUCAUCCACAGUCUACAAUUGGUGGUGGACAGAAACUAGACAGAUAUGAUUCCCGGAGUGAUGUUUCCAAGCCGUCCAUAUCAGCCCAUUCAAGAUCUAAAUCUGAAGGACACCGACGCCGGGAUCGAUCAAGGUCAUCAUCAAGUGAUAGCAAGUCUGGCAGAUCUGGCCUGAAGACUGCCGCCAUUGCAGCCGGUGCACUAGGUACUGCUGCAGCCAUGUCAUCAGCCAGCCAUGCGCGUAAAGAGAGACGGGUACGUGCUGGCAACCGGAGCAGGUCACCUAGAAAAUCUCGAAGACGUUACUCUUCCUCUUCUAGUUCCUCGAUGAUUGAUAUCUCUCGCCCUUCGGCCAACAAGGGCCUGGCAAGCUUUUCAAACUUCUUUAGUGCACCAUCAGAGAAGAGCCGAAUGGGCCGAACCGGCCCGCGCAGGAAACAGCGGAACUUGUUUGGCCUUGGAUCAACAUAUUCAUCUUCGGAUGAUGCUGACCUUGCGUUUGGUUCUGGCUUUCUUAAGUCGCGGACUUCAAAAAAAGGGAAAGGCCGGAAGCGGGACGAGGAUAUCGAUCAUAAGCUUAUAGGCCUGGGUGCCACUGCUGCUGGGCUUGCAGCUUCAGCAUCAAUUGCAAACGGGAGAAGGCAUCAUGGCCUGAUUGCAGUCAAGGAGCGAAAAUCCAAACACGAAGCACCUGCUGACAAUGUUUGGGAAUCUGUGUCCGAUGAAUCAUCCUCUGCUGAUUCUGGCCUGGCAUAUGGAGGGCCAUCAUCUAACAGCCGAGAUUCCUUUACAUCUGACUCUGGAACUUCAAAGUGGCGAUGGCGAUGGGGUUCUUCAAAGAAGAAGAAGAAGGUAUCGCAACCCUUGGAAUACCCCAAUAAACAGGAUGGCUAUGGACGAAAUUCCCAGGCCUCGUUUGCUCCACCAUCUAGUACCUACAGCCUCCCGUCCAUGCAGAAUGUCGACCCUAUCCCAGCUUCUGAACAAUCGUUGACGCCGUACCGCGAUGGACGCAAUUCAACUGGUGGCCCGUCAGCUUUUGACACAACCAAGCCAAUGCUCAUUUCUCACUCCGAGAAUACGGAACUUGGCCAGCCAAAGCCAGUAGCCCCCAUAUCUGACUCGUUCUACACCCGGGGGGACUAUGAAACCGAAAAGCCCAAGCCUAUCUUCAAGGAAAUUGCCCCUGCUGUGGCAGGUGCUGUGGCGGGCGCGGCGUUGAUAGGGACAGCCCAUGAGUACUACAAUGACCACCCCUUAAAGGAUUCCAAGGGACCUGCUACAGCUGAUGUAUCCAAGCCCAAGGAUAUAUCGUCAGCCCAGAGUAAUCGAGAGCAACACGACUCCUACAGUGAUGCAGGCCCAGUACAGCAUCGACAGAAUCAAAUUAUGCCACCCCCGCCUGCUUCGUUACCAGGUAAAUUCGACCAAGGGCCGCUGGCGGACGAUGUGAAAGUGGACCGCUCUAGAAAAGCAAGGGAUGAUAGCGACAUAUCUACGAAGAAAGCAGAACGAAGAAGAAGAAACUCUUCCCCUGCCUUGGAAGACCACUACACCUAUGUCACCCCAUCAGAUCUAUCUAAGCGCAGCUCCGCAGGAAAAGGCGUCCAUUUUGACUUGACCAAGGAGCAGCAAGACAAGGAGAUGCGCCAGCUAGAGCUGGAAGGUGAAAAAGCGGCCAGACGCUACCAGCGAGAUGAAGAACCAGCGUCGGAUCCAGAGAGCCGGAUAUCCAAGUCUAAACGACUUCAUCGUCCGGAGAUUUCCCCGCCACUUCCUGAUGAAAAGUUUGAGGAGCCUCUUAGUGACAAGGACGCAGAAUCAUGGUCUAUGCCUGCUAGGGUUGCCUUUCCUGUCCUCUCCGGUGCUGCCGCUGUUGCGGCUGAUCGCAUAAUUGAUGAAAAGAAGCGUAAAAGGGAAGAGCGCCGCAAAGAACGCCGCGGCUAUUCUGAAUCUGAGGCUGGAUCGUCAGCCGUCUCCAGACAGCGAUUUGAUUCGCCUGACCGCCGCUUCGUUGAGGAACCCGGAGAACUAACUGAGAAGCCGCUUCCAAACCCAAAGACCAAGCCAACUUAUGAGAACUAUGCGACUUAUUUCGCACCUCCAGAGCUUCGCCGUGAAUCCAGCGCAGAGUCAGCCCCUGAAUCAACGCCAGCACCCAAACCCGGCGCAACCAAAUUUCGUGUUAUAGAGCCUCGAUCUAGCCCACUUGAUACCGAGCUGACGAGGGCUGAAUCAACCAAGCCCACAAACCUGCCCUGGCCAGUUCCUCACCUGAACCUCAUUGAGCCUACGCCACCUCAGAGUAGGACUGGUUCUGUUCUGAGCCAUAGUGGUGAGACAAAGGACCUCCCAGUUGCCGACCCAAUUGUGACUGUCCCCGAACAAGCUGCUGCUCAGGAAGAUCGGGAUGAUACCUAUAAUAGUGUACGGAAUAAAAAAGCUGGACAUAUUGCAACCUCCGAAACCCCUCUUCCUGGUGUUCCUGGAGCGGCAAAGAAACUGAGCAGUGAUGGGGAUAUGGAAGUUAUCCCUUCCAAGGCCAGGACCCGAGAACUCCCACCGAGCCCCGAAAUUCCUUCGCCGCCUCACCAUAUGCCUGGUGAGUUUGGGGAUGACAUCGAUUUUGCUGCUACACUCGCUGCCGGCACAGCUAUGUCAGGGUUUGACCCCUCUAUUGUCACCGACAAUCCCGCUUAUCAUCGCCGUGCCUCACCUCCUAGGUCAGAGGGCGGUCAUAGGGAUAUGCAUAAGGAAACUCCAGUAUCCUAUGUCCAUCACGUUUCUGAGCGGGAGCCACUUCCGCUAGUCAGUAAGGAGGAAGUGCAGGCUGUCCCUGCCCGUCAAAUAGAAGAAACUACGAGUGAAGCCGGCAAAGGUACCUUUGCUCGAGACAUGCAAGAUCUGCCAUCUAAAGAUGCCGACAGCUCUCCACCCGAACCCACAGCUGCAAAGCUCAGCAAGAAAGACAGGAAGAAACAGAAGGCUGCGCAGAAGAAGAGCAGGGAUGCUGGCGAGAAGGACCUUGAACUAGAUUGGGAAGAACAGCCUGCGAUUACUCCAUCAAAGUCUACUGAAGCUGACCGAAAAGUAAGGUCUGACAACAUUAACGAGCCAAAGGCUGCCAGUCGAGAUUUGUUUGAUGUAGAUGAUAAACAGAAUAAGGCCUAUCGUGACCUUUCUUCCAAGGGAAUGGUAAAUGAGCGUGAAGAAGUGCCUGGAAAUGAAAGAGAGACAUGGCAAGAUGCAGCGGAGGAUAUAAGGCCUCGCGACAGCUCGACUAAGCCAGUGGACAUAAGCUCUCCAGCUCGCGAGUUCGGCGGUCAAUUACCGGAUAAUAAUCCCCGUGCUUCAAUGCCAGGGAAUUUUGAGGAUGUAUGGGCUGAUAUAGGUCCUGUUGGUGGAAAGGAUAAGCCCUCUGUUCCUGCAGACAAGGGUCCAGCGGACGAACCUGAACUUGCAACUGCUGAGAAAUCCAAGAAGAAAUCAAAAGGGAAGAGCAAACAGGGAGCUGAUGAACCUAGCCCUGUCGCAAGCGAGACAGUAGGACCUUCUACGCGUGAAAUUGAGAUAGACGAACCCGUUGAUCGGAACGUCGAGUCUGGCACUGCCACGUCUGUUCCCGACGUUGCUGGGCUAGAAAGGGGGAAGUCCAAAUCAAAGCGGCGCUCAAAACGAUAUGCUGAACUCAUCGAUUCCCGGUCAGAGGUUGGCGACACCUCCAAGCCAGAUGACGACAAUGUAUCCGUAGUCUCUCGGGCUAAGUCAGAGGCAGCAAAGGAUUCCGCAAAGGGUAGUGAUAAGUCUCGGGGUUUCUUUGGACUAUUCGGCUCUUCUUCAUCUGCGGACAAAAAGAGUUCCACGCGCGAAAGGGACCGAUCACCUCCGCCAUCAGAAGUUUCAACUAGCUCAAAGAAGAAGAAAAAGUCGAAGAAAGAUCGCCAUGCCGAUGAAGAUGCCAUCAAUGCCGACGACAAUGACUUGCCGGCAUCACGAGAUAUUGAACCAGUAAACGCAGAUGACGCAGAUAAUGACAAUCAACAAAGGCAGAAAAGUAAAGAUCGGAAGAAAGACCGUAAAAAUCGAUAUGAGCAGAUAGUCGAAUCUGGAAAAGCAAGUGAUGAUGAAGACAAGAAUCGAUAUGAUACCAGUAGACAAGCAAAGAACGACACUCUAGGCAAAGAGCAGCCCUCCGGGCCUUUUUUAGAUGAUAGCCCGGGAAUAACUUCUGUGCCUGCUGCUCCUUUGAAGCAAGCUCCCGCUGCCGCUGCUGAGAAAGCAUUUGAUAGCGUCUCGGCCCCAAUAUCUACCUUUCCUCUGCCGCUAAACCUGCCGUCUCGUGGCCGAAGCCGUUCUGUUACUCCCUUGCCUGGGGAGAAAAUAGUUGAUUUGCCUACACAGUCUCAUAGCAGACCUUCAUCCCGGUCACGAUCCCCCCCUGGUACCGCAAAGCGAAUAUCAUGGCGGGGAGGGUUCAAUUUUGGAGACCCGAACAGCUCCCCCACUGCAAUUCCCAUUCAGCUCCGCCGACCACCAUCAACCCCUGAUAGAGGAGCUCAUGAUGGCCAGGUUUCUCCGAGCAGGCCUAAAUCUGGACACAAGCGACCAAAGUCCACCGAAUUCAAGACGAAUCGUGAGUUUAGACCAUUAUGGCUUGUCGAACGGCAUACCAGCAAAACGGAACUGCCUGAAGAAGAGACAUACCCAUCACUUCCCUCUAGUAAAUCUACGUCUCGAAUGUCGUCGGUCGAAGAUUUACGGGCCAAAGCGCUUGAAGACAAUGAAUCUAUGGAUAUAUUCUCAACCCCAAGACGCCGACCAUCAUUGCAUGUUGCUACUAACGACUCUUCUUUUGACGUAGAUAUCCUAGGUUCUCAGCAAGCCACCCCGACUGCGCAUUCCUUCAGACCCCAAGACCGGAAGCCAAAGGAGAAGCCGAAAUAUGAGUUCCAUUCUCCGUCUGAGCUCCUGGAGGGUCCGAUGUCGUCUCGAUCCGCAUUGAGCGAUGUUCCACAAUCUUCGGAUGGCACAGUUAUUCCUGACAAUCGGGUCCAAGAACUUGAGGAUAUGGAUCUUCAGAACCUACCGCCUCUACCUGAGUCUCCAGUCCACGAAGACCCUAAAUCUCGUGAGUUGGAUAUCACUCCUGAAGUCAGCCAGGAUGUGCAGUCAACCUCUCAUCGUGAGCCUGAAGUAGAAGCAGCAGAAACCCCAGCAGAAACUCGAUCAGAAACGGUCUCCCUUGAACACCUCCCUCCGCUCCCUGAUAGCCGCCCGUCUACUCCCAUUGCUGAGCAGGGAGUGGAAACGGAGGAGCUAGUGGAGGAUAUCGAUCGUUCGUCGACUCCCCGGCCGACACAUCGUGAACUUGAUGAAGUCCCAGCCGAUACCCCUACCAUGAUCUCGGCGGCUCCGGACUCAGGCCAUGCCACGCCGACUCAACUUUCGCCAACAUAUCGUGCAAGUGAGGCCAGUGAAUAUGAAUCUGUUGAUGAGGACCACUUUGUGGAUGCCAGUAGCCAGGCACUUAUGAGCCCAUCUUAUCAGAAAGACUUCAACUCACCAACUACACCUACUCAGUUAGCAUAUAAUUCCGAACCUCAUGGAGCAGUUACCCUUCUCCCUCCGGCUACCGCGAUUUCCGCCUAUGGCGUUCCUGGUGAAGGUAGCAUUUCCAAAGAUACAGAUUCUGAAUCUGUGAUGACAGUAACAAAAGAUGACAGCUUUGGAGGGGAACCGAAACCUAGUGCUGGAAGUAUCAAUGAUUCUGAACUUGAGCUUCCAUCCGAAAGAGCCAAGGAAUCUGAGGAUAAGACUGAAGUCCCAGCACCAUCGAAAUCUAAAAAGAACAAGAAAAAGAAGAAGAAGAACCUUGAUGCAGAGCCUACUUCUACAGCCCAAUCUGUAGAACCUGAGGUUCGUCCUGCCGCAGAACCAGCUCCUGAACCAGCUGCUGAACCUGUUUCCGGGAGUCAAGCAGAAGAAAAGGCUCCUGUAAAUAUCUCGACUGAUACCAUCUCAUCUACGGCCACUGAUCAUGUCCCAAGCGAGGAGCCAGCCCUCUCUACUGGUAUUGGCGAAGAAAGCAGCCUGGAACCCGUAAAAGAAGACCUAGUUGCUGGAUCAGUCGCCAAUAAGCCUAAGAAGGGCAAAUCUAAGAAAGGACGCAAAAACAAGUCUGGGAUAGAUUCUAUUGAAGGGUCAAGUCAGGAAUCCAAUGAAUCUUCGGCAGGUAUUUCUACCCGGAAGGAUAACUUCGCCAUCACGCAGGACGAAGGCUUGGGGGAUUCUACAAGAGAAGUAGCGGGCGCUCAGUUAGACGAUAUGGUGAUCGAUUCAGUACCUGACAUCAAUUCUCAAUUGCAACAUGCCCGCCCUGGUAUUGUGGAUGCCAUCCCUCCAAUGGCAAAUCUUCCUGAUACAGAAAAGGACCCCAAAGAAGCUCCCGUCUCAGGGGAAGUUUUAGCUCAAGAUGUUCCUUUACCAGUUGCAGAUCUUGAAGAAAUCGAUGCUCUCAACUUUGUUCUUGAUGAACAAGAGCCUACUGCAGCAACAAUGGCGCAAAUAAAUGACCAUCUGAAAGAUAACUCGGCGUCUCUGCCUCUCAGUCCUGAGCAGAAACCGCAAGAUAUACCACUCCCCCUUCCUAGUGCAGAGGAAGCCGAUCUUCUUGAAACAACGAAUGAAAGGAGCGCAAAUGAGCCGGCUCUACUAGAUAGAAUUUCAGGUGUUACAGGCCCUUCAUUCCCCCAUGAACCUCCGGUAACUGAAGUUGCUCCGCCUCUUGCAGAUACAGAUAUACACAAGAUAGAGAGCGAGGACAGAGGACAACCUGAAGACCCAGAACCUGCUGCAGGGAUGGCCGGAAUUCCAAUAGGCGAUGCAAGUCACGAAUCAAAUUUCCCAACGACUACAGGCCACGGUCAGCUCCUUCCAAAGCUCGAAGAAGACAUACUUCCAACACCAUUUUCUGCAAAUCUGGUAGACGAAAAGGGCAUUCACAGUGGUACUGACAUGUUCUUUGACGCUGCCCAAAAUGUGGAUGCACUAGCCAAGCACGAACUUCCGGAUGAGCUGGCGGACAAAGAGCCGGAACCUUAUACCCCUGCCAUUAAGUCCGAGGAGCUUGCAGAGCCUGAGCCAAAGCAGAAGAAAAAGAAAGGCAAAAAGGGCAAAAAGGACCGCAAGAACUCUGCAUCGAUUGACAACAUUGAAGCAUCAGCAUCUCCGGAACAGCCACUUGUGGAAUCACCUGAAGUACCGGUGAGAUCUAAUGAAACAGAGGAGGCUCCAACUGUCGCUUGGAAUGAAGAGACUGUUGAGCAACCGUCCAUUGAAGAGGGAUCUCUCUCUGCUAAAGGUGCCGAGGCUUUACCCUUGUCAACAAACGAUGACGCUAACGCGGCCGAACCUGGAGUCAUAGCCAAUGACACACCACCACAUAUCCCAGGCGACAACAGCUCUCAAGAUGUGCGGUCAACGUCGAAGCAGUCCAAGAAGCAAAAGAAAAAGGACAAGAAAAAGCAAGAAUUGCUGAACAGUACGCUAAAUGAGACUGUUCCUGAGGCAAUCAACGUCGAAGAGAACACUGAAAAGAGCACAUUGGCGGUUCAUGAUACAACAACAGCUACCGAAGAAAGCAGCCAAGACCAGCCAGUAAAUAAGGCCAUUGUUACUCCUGUUCUCCUCGAAGAGCCGAAGGGUACCCUCGUUGACAUCCCGGUCGAUGAAGAGCCAACCAAAGAGGAUACGUUGCUGACUGGCGCUAAGCUCGAAGUGCCUACUCAGGUAGACAUAAGGGACGAAAGAGCUGUCGAGGAAGACUCUAACAUCAUCAAAGCCACCGAAGGAAGUGAAGCCAUGCGAUUCAAUCUCCCUCAUGAAGAAGCGAAUUUGCAAGCAGAAACCAUUCCAUCCACUGGGGAAAAUGCAGUUAAACUUGCUAAAGCCAAGAAGGAUAAAAAGGGGAAGAAGGGCAAAAAGAAUCGGGAAGUCCUAUCUCUAGAAGAUGAAGAUCAGAGUUCGGAGAAAGGCAAACCUGCCGAUGGGCAAUCGUCGAUGGCUUUGGAGGCUGAACCGUCUACCCUAGGAAGCCCCCCAGCCGAAGAAAAACCCACGGAACCUGUCGGCGGUCUACCAAUGGAUGCCAAUGACGUCCCUGUGGAAACUCAUGUUGAAAACGCAUUAACAGGCAAGGAAAAGAAAAAACGCAAGAAGAACCGCAGUGUAUCAGCUAUUGAUGAAGCCCAGCCAGUUCAGAAAUCCUCUCCGCCAGAUGUUCCUGAAGUUGAUACUGAGGCUCAAGGCUCUAUUCCACUGGAGGUCCAAGAUGAUCCUCAGAACACUGAAGUCUCCGAGCCUUUAGCUGAAGCACCAUCAGCCGUUGAUAAGCUACUAACUGAGUCUGAGCCUAUUGAAACCUUCCAUGAACAAGGACUAGCCAGUGACAACAUCCCAAUGGAUUCGCAGGCCUCGGAACAAGUAGCCGACCAACCACUAGGUGUCGACGGAUCGAGAAUAGGAUACCAGCCCUUGGAGCCAUCAACUAGAACUGCUUCAGAGAUUAACGAUACACUUGAAGGGCCACACGCCUUGGAAGCCCACAAGAAUGAAAAUCUUCAAGAACCUGACCCCCGGCCAUUGGAAUCUUCAACUUUGCAUCAGCCUUUGCCCUUUGAAUCUACGCCACAACCUUUAGUCGAGGAGCCAUCUGAAGCAAUUAAAGAGUCCCCUGCACCUGCCGAUAAGCCCGUGGUAUCAGAACCCCCAGGUGAGAAACCAGCAAAUUCCGAGGAACUUGCAAUGGAAGCGUCUGGUGAGAUGUCUCUACCAGUAAAGGGUAAAAAGAAGAAAAAUAGGAAUCAGUCGCAGUCCUUGGACGAGGAACCCCAAGCAGUUGAAUCAUCAUCUUUAAUUCAAGAGUCAUCAAUAGAGACUCCGCGAGAUGGGCCGUCUGAUCCCGAAAAGGAUGCAUCAGCAGAACAGCGGGAUGAUGAACCGCAUGAAACUUUGGGAAACAGAGAAGUAAAUGUUCAGCAGGACAUGCUAAUCGAGCCACCAGUAGACAAGCUGCGGCCAGUUGACAUUGCAUCCUCAGAAGUUCCUGUUGAUAUCCCUCUCGCCCCUAAGGAAAAGAAGAAGAAGAGGAAGAAGAAGGGCCAAUCAAUAUCCAUCGACGAGGAACCAAAAGCCAUAGAGUUCAUAGCUCCUGUUAGUGAUUUAUGGGCAGACCCUCUUAAAGAUGCUCCAAAGGAAACCUUGCGGGAUGUCGAGGCUCAGGAGGAUUUGCGUGUGGAUAAACAUCUUCAAACUCAGGAAGAGGAGGCUCUAAAACCUCGGAAUGUCCGCCAUCAAGACACGGAGUCACCUGCCCCCAUUGAAGAUUCCUCCGCCGAAACUCUCCAGGAUAUGCCUUCAGAGAAUAUGGCGCUUGUUGAAGACACACCGGUAGACUCGGGUUCUUCUAAAACACAACAAGGUGGACCUACUGAUAUUCUCCAGGACAGGCAGCCAGAAACCCAGCAAAUUGGAGACUCCCGUUCCAUUGAGGGUGAACCCAUUACAACUCUAGAGGACAAACGACCUGAAGUCACGGAGUCUGCGGAAGGCGAGCAGCCAAAAUCCAUCCCAUCUGAUGUUUUAGAGCUUGAACCUAAGGACAUUAUAGACGAAAACCAACCAGAACCCAAACUUUCUGAUCCCCAGGAUCCACUUCCCGCUGAACUAACAGACGACAAGCGACUAGAUGUCCACCAUAUUAGCAUUCAAGAAGACCAAGAAGGUGCACCCGUUGUCCCACACGAGGUACAGGCACAAUCUCAGAUUGAAAGCUCUGAACCAAAGGUUGAAUCCGCCGAACUUGAGGAUGACAAUCAUCUCAAACCCCAGAGUGACCAACUAGCUGAGAACCAAAAGGGUGAUGUAGUAGAAUCUCACGAAGAACAAUCAACAGACAUCGUGGACACAGCUUCUAUGGAGCCGCCAAUUGAGUUGACUUCUACACCUAAAGAUAAGAAGAAAAAGAAAAAGAAGAAGGGUCAACCCAAAGCUCUGGACAACGAUACUGAAGUUAUUGAAACACCAACAACUGUUGAUCAACUCCCUGUAGACACUGUGGACCAGCCUGUACCAGAAACGCCAAUCGAAAAGCCUCUUACCGCGAAGGAAAAGAAAAAGUUGAAGAAGCAUCAAAAGAAAUUGUCUCUGGAGCAGGAGUCUCAACCGGUAACAACGCCUGGGGUUGCUGAUACACCCUCCGUGGAAACCCAGAAAGAACAAGACUUGGAGGUAGACACAAGUUUACCUUACUCCGCGGGUACCCAUGCCGAGCAGCCUUUGCUGGACCAGGGGAUUGAAAAAGACCAGGAGACACCACACUUGGAAGAGCUACCUAUACCCAAGGAGGCAGGGCAACCUUCCGAAACUCUCGCCGUCGAGCCCUCAACUGAAGAGCCACUAGCGAUAGGUAACGACUUACUAGAGCAACAUAUCGACAAACCUCUAUCUGCGAAGGAAAGGAAAAAGAAGAGGCAAGAGAAGGCAACAACUUCUUUGGAAGACGAGCCUGUGGCCAAAGAGGAAUCAGUUUCCCGUGAAAGUGCCCUAGAUGACGCAUUCGGCACUGAGCCGAUACCAGAAGAGCAAACUCCUGAGAAACCUCUAUCAGCUAAGGAAAAGAAGAAAAAGAAAAAGAAGAGCCAGGAGGAUCAAGCUGCGGGAGAAGAAUUUUCAGCUAAGCCUGAGGAGGUCCCAGGGACUUCGGAAAGUACGUCAGUUGAAUUCAUGGCCCAGGAGGUUCAGGAUGUUGACAACACUCCGGCAGAGGCCCCUUUCGAGCAGCCUUUGACUGCGAAGGAAAAGAAGAAAGGGAAAAAGGACAAGAAAUCGAAGCAAUCUGUGGGUUGGACAGAUGAGGUGCCUCAAACCCCCCAGGGGCUUGAAAUACCGAGGGAAUGUGAGACAGAGGCCUCAAUUCCAACUGAGUCUACUGCCACCACAGCAGUUAUAUCUUCGGCUGAACCAUCGCAGGAAAAUAUCGAAGGCAAAUCCCAAGGUCCGAAGGAGCAGCCUACCGACGUAGCUUCCACCCAACCAGGCAUGGUAGAAAUGGAUAUCGGACGCACUGCUCCCAGAAUAACCGAGCCACAAGGAGACGGCGGUGAAGUUGAGACUGGCAAUCCAGACGAGGACGGUAAAGAAUUUCAACUCUCUAAAUCUCAGAAGAAGAACAAAAGUAAGAAAAAGGCUGAAGUUUCUUGUUGGACUGAUGAAAUUCCGCCUACGCAGGUUGACAAUGGGCCUGCAAUCCCUCCUACAGAGCUUGAAUCCCAGCAACGAUCGUUACCCUUUGAUGAAGAACCUCUCAAACAACCUGACACCUCCACCAAUGCCUCGGAUGCUCUACGAAAUGACGCCUUAGACAAUCUUCCUGCUACCGACGCGGACCUGGCUGUAUCGGAAUCCAAGCCAUCACACUCCCUGGCUAAUGUUGAUGGCCAGCCCGAGGAUGUAACCAUUGUUGAGGAGAAACUUAUGGAAACACCAGUUAACGAUGCCACUAGGCCCGAUAUGGUUUCCUUGCCGGAAUCAGUGGGAGAAACCACAGAACAACAUCUGGCCCCUGAGAAGACUCAAGAAGGUAUCAAACCAUCCAUGGAGAUUCAAAGCACCGGACCGGGGCCAUCUCUCGAUGAUCAAAUCAUGGAAAACAUCCAAGAGAGUGCCACUGAGAAUCCUGCCGAUGAAUCGCUAUCUGACAAGAGUAAAGGCUUAUCAUCAACUGGUCUAGGAGACGCCCUUACCGAACCUUCAAUACCUGAACUACAGGAUCAGUCGACACCAAUCCCUCCAUCAAUCAGCUUAUCGUCAAGACCAGAUGCCGAGGGUAGGCUAGUGGACUUGCGUGGGGCCGGAGCAUCAGUAGAUACAAAAUAUUCUGAACCCAUCAAGGAACAGGAAAUCCAGGUUAGCAAAUCUGAAGCCAAAAUUCCAGAGUCUGGACCGAUUGAUUUCACAAUUUCGGAGAAGAUUUGUGAACAUCCGCCCCCAGAGCAGUCCCAAGCCGAAAUCUCUGAUGCCAUGCAAGAGACACCGACCGAGCUACCCAAACCGGAAGAACUUGGCCUUGCCCUUCUAUCUACGGAACAAUCAACAGCUGAUGACAAUGAUUCCGCAGCUACCCCUUUAAAUCGCCAUACCACUGAUGAUGUCCCGCUCAGCACUAUCCCCCAACUUACAACUGUGUCUGAUGAACUCCCAGCCCGAGAUACAAGUAAGAUGUCCAAGAAGGAGAAAAAGAAGAAAAAGAAAAAGGGUGUGAUGUUGGAGGGAGAACCUGUUGUUGCCCCUGAGUUACCAGAGAUCAAAAUGCAAACUUUACCUGAGGAACCUAGCGCUCCAGAGCCUCUCAUUGCCGAUAUGAAGGAAGAGUCACUGCGAACACUUUCAAAAAAGGAGCAAAAAGCUGCAAAAAAGAAGGCUCGCGGGGCUGUAGCUGAUGUCGUCAAGUCAGAUUUCAAGGAGGACGUAGAAGCAGUUAAUUCUACCCCAAAUGUCCCUAAAAUCACAGCUGACAUUACAAAAACCACCGAUUUCAACAAAGUUGAUGAUGCUCCAACGACAGAAGAGCCUGCAGAAGUCGGUAUCGAGCAAACUCAUGGAUUGGAAACACAGCCCAUUUCUACGGACAUGACAGUUGAUUCUGCUGGAAAAGAUACGGUAACGCCACCUAUUCCACCUUUUGUGGACGACAACAUGACAGAGCCCGAGCCAGUCGGAGCAGCGGCAGAGAUCAGCCAUGAACCUACAUGGGAUGAAGGCUCAGGACCAAGAAAAAAAUCAAAGAAACAAAAGGAACGUACUAAAGGUACGAUUACUUCUCAAACGGAGACGGAUGCCCCAGGCGAAUUGAAAGAUCCUGAACUAGAAAUACAAUUGGUGAGAGAAGAACCAGCUCAGGAGCCAGUUUUAUCAGGUCAAUCUUCUAAGAGAAAUAAGAAAAAGAAAAAGAAGGGUGUUCGAGGUUUGAGUGGUGAUGUUGAAGCCCCAGUUGCGGAAGAAAAAGAGAUUGAAGCAAAUACCAUCGAUGCGCCUGUCUGUCCCGACGUUGAUAUGCCUGUUGCUGGCGAGGCUGCAAGCCCUAAAGAGGAUGAGGUAUGGCCAACUAUUGACUGGGAUCAUAUCCAUGAUAAUGUAUCUAAUACUGUUCCGUACGCUCAGGUUAACAACGAACGAGAGAUGGACACGGCGUCGUUGGAUCUUCAACUUUCUGGUGACCAUGAAGUCAUCAAUGAUACCCCCGAAAUUCAGCACACAGUACUCCCCAAGACAAUGACACCGGGAAUUGGAGACUUCAGUGAAGAUACGGCUCCUAAAUGUGAUGACGUCCCGGAAAAACCAGUAGAAACUUUCGCUGGGGAAACUGGACAAAAACCCAAGGGAGAGAGCAUGAGCGAGAUUCAUGAUACCAGGGCCCCUCAAUCAGCAGCGGAAACACUGGCCUUUGGCGGCGGAGCAGUGGAAGAGCGUGGACCGGACCAAGACGUGUCCUUCGGAGAGAAAAUUGACGCAAAGUUUGUGCCCAUGAGCCGCCAAACACCCCCGCAAGUAAUAGAUUCGGCUAUGGAGAUUGAUAGCAGCUUUAAGGAAAACUCGCAACCAGUAGCCAUGGAACAUGCAGCUGUGGACGACAGUACUAAUAAGGAUGUGCCAAUGAAAGACUUGGGCGCAGAGCCCUCAGUCGAACAAACAGCAAGUGAGUUCCAUGAUUCAAAAGAACCAGUCAUGGCGCUAUCACAGGAAACCCAAGGCACAGAACCCACCUUGGACACGGGAGCUUCGCCGGUGGGAACCGAGAUUUCCCCACAGUUAGCAGACAAGGGAGAAACGGUAGUACCUUACGACAUUUCUAUCGGCACAUUGCAAGGUGAAGAUACCUGGCCAUCAACAGAAGGGAAAGGGGAAAAGGUGAAGAAGAGCAAGAAGUCCAAAGGCAGGGGGAAGGCACUUGAGAGAGACAAGGCUGAGACUGAGACUCCGUUGUUUGAAACACAGGAGCUUCAAGCUCCAUCAACUGCGAAGCAUGAAAUGACUAAACCAGUCGAGCCUACCACUGGCCUGACCCCAAAGCAGCCAGAGGAGGAGGCUAUACCAAGUAAAGAGAAGGGGAAAUCCAAAGCGAAGGGUCUUGUAGGAGAAGACCUUGGAUGGACCGAGGCCACAGAGAUAGGAAGUCAAGACCUAGCCAUACUUCAACAGGAUUCUCUAGACAGCCCCGAUCCAUUGUCUAAGCUUGUACCUGAGUUUGUAUCAGGGCCCUCAACAGAGCCACCUCCAGAGGUCGAAAGUGCUUUUCUGACAACGGACGAAAAGGAAAACAAACCUAAGAACAAGAAAAACGAAAAGCCAGCGGUAGUUGAAACCGAACAGCCCGAAGACUCACGACCCCCCAUAUCUGCGGUUGAGCCGGAAAUUCCAACUGAAGUAACUGCGGCAAUUCCAAAAGCUGCAAGGGAGGAGGUUCCUGAACCAGAAGCUGAAUUUCUCCCUAAUGUCACCAAGAGAAAAGGAAAGAAGACCAAAGCUAAGGGCAAACGUCCAGCAAACGUUGGAUCUACGAUUGAGGCAGGGGAAAGGCACUCAGAGGUGACUCCUGAGCUAUCAAGGGAGCCAGAGGAGCCCGUCAAAUCCAAUGAGCCUAGUUUUUUGUUCACAACAGGACCAGGGGGCGGGCCAGAAGAAGAUAUCUCACUCUCAGUGACAAGCAAGAAGGUGAAGCAAAACAAGAAAAAGAACAAAACUCAACUCUCUGAGGAUCUAGUCGCUGAUACCACAAAAACACAGCUACUGACACCUGAGCCUGAGCUUGCUACUAAACCUGCAUCCUUAGAAUCAUUAGAGGCGCCUGACUGGUCGCGAAAACAUGAGUUACAUCCUGGAGAUGAUAAGGCAGCACGGCAGGAUACCGGCACAUCAGAAGACUUGACGGUCUCUCAGGCUCUUGAUAUCGGUGCCUCUGGGAAUGAACCUUCUGGCGCGGAUCUGGAGCCUGUCAACCAGGCGCCCGAGGAUGUUCAAGUGUUAGACAAGUCAAUGGCUGAACCCGAGGCAAUGAUACCGACUCCUAAACGUGAAUACAAUGACGACCCUUUUUCAGUUGAAUCAAGCUCUAAGGAGCGUUCUUCUGCUCUGUUAUUCCACUCGUCACCAUCCACUCGAGACUUCGGCUAUAUGACUCCAGCAACCCAUGAACUACACGACCAGCACGAAGAACGUCCAUCUACGCCUACUCCAAUGCAUCUACACAAGUCUAUAGAAACAGACAAGCCACUGGAUCACGCUGAUGACACAACUCCCCAUGCACUCCUCUCUACCCCUGAGAAGGAGAUUUCAAGACCAACCACGGCCGAGGAUAUUGCACCCAGAGCCACCGAGCAAGCUCGACCAUCUCUCGAACCUCCAUCUCUCUUCGGAGGACCCUACGGACUGGCUGAACGGGAAAGGUCUGUCUCUAGAUCGGUAUCUCCUCCCAAGACGCCGCUGGGAACGAUCGAGGAGCACUCGGCUAUAUCCGCGCCGUAUGAAGCCCAGCACCCUCCAGCCUUCCCCCCACUGACCCCGGACGCUGCCCCUGCUAGCCGGGGGCCUGAGAAGAAGCAGCAAGCCCAGCCACAGACCUGGGCGACCCCGGCCGUCAACCCAGUCCACACCCCUGAAUCGACACCUCCCAAGCUACGUCGGGUUAAAAGCCGCCGCAGCUCCGACCUUAAAGCGGCGAGCGAACGUGACUUCCGGCGCGGAAGAACCCGCACUCCGUCUCCCAGCCUCUCGCAAGAGGAGCAGGAAUAUCAGGAAGACGAAGAAGCGCGCCAACUUCCAUCAUCCUCAACGUAUGACCCAGUCACAGACAAGGGCAAAGCGCCGCUGCGAGGCAUGGCUGCCGACGUCUAUGAAGGAUGGGGCGAUGUCCAGGGCGCCCCGCCGCUCUCACCUACUCGCCCGCCCAGUGUGCGCCGGCGCCGCAGUCUACAGCGCCUCCAGGAGCUCGAAACUCGUCUUGACCAGCUUGUAUCAGAAAACCGCCUCCUAGGCUCCUCCAAAGCCGCCGCCGAAAAGGCAAUUGAGAGCCAUGCCGUCGCUCAACGUCAACAUGCGCGCGCACUAGAGGCACGUGACCAGACAAUCCAAAACAAGGAAUUGGAGAUACAACAGCUGCAGAAGUCCUCAGACUGGCUAAAGAAGGAGAUUACCAGGCUGACAGAGGUCAACGAAGGGCUUGCUGCUGCCAAUGCUAGCUAUGCGGCCUCCCGUGGCCUCGACGGUGGCAACAAGUCGAACUACAAGGAAGAGUGGGAGAAGUCGCAGCGGGAGCUGGAGAAGUCGCAGCGGGAGCUGGAGAAGUCGCAGCGGGAGCUGGAGAAGGUUCGUGCGCAAUACGCACAAUUAUUCUCAGGCCUAGAGCAAAUGGUCAAGCAUGAAGUCGGCACUGCGCUCGCAGAUAAGGACGCUGAAAUCCAGUUGCUGCGAGACAACUUAGCUGAUGCCCAGGACAAGAUCAAGGAGCUUCAGGAGCAAAUACAGGCCUCAGCCAAGGAUGACAUUCUUGUCUUCCACGACGAGGAUUACUUCGACAAUGCCUGUCAGAAACUAUGUCAACACGUCCAGCAGUGGGUCUUAAGGUUCUCUAAAUUCUCAGAUAUGCGCGUUUGCCGCACCACCAGUGUCCUCCGCGAUGAGAAGAUUGUUGACCGAUUUGAGAAUGCAAUUCUUGAUGGAACCGAUGUCGAUACUUACCUUUCCGAUCGUGUUGGGCGAAGAGACGUGUUCAUGUCCGUUGCCAUGACUAUGAUGUGGGAGUACAUCUUUACUCGGUACCUCUUCGGAAUGGACAGAGAGCAACGACAGAAGCUGAAGACCCUUGAGAAACACUUAUCUGAAGUCGGUCCACCAAAUGCUGUUCACAAAUGGCGAGCUACUACUUUGACUCUUCUCUCCAAACGGCCUUCUUUCAAAGAGCUUCGCUCACAAGAUACCGAAGCUGUGGUCCAAGAAAUCUACCGCACCCUCUCAAAACUACUUCCACCCCCUCAUGAAUUAGAGAAAACUGUCCUGGAUUCUCUUCGCAACGUGAUGCGGUCCGCAGUCGAUCUUUCAAUCAAAAUGCGCACCCAACGUGCAGAAUACAUCAUGUUACCCCCCCUCCAGCCAGAAUACGACACCAACGGUGAACUCCUCCGAAAAGUCUACUUCAAUGCUGCUCUUAUGAACGAACGCAGUGGCGAAACAACCUCGAAUGAAGAGCUAGAGGCACAGCGUGCAGUCGUUCGCAUGGUCCUUUUCCCCUUGGUUGUCAAGAAAGGCAGCGAUGAAGGCGAUGGCGAUGAAGAAAUAGUCGUUUGUCCCGCCCAGGUCCUUGUUGCAAGGCCUCCAAAAGAGAGGAAGUCGUCCAAGGGCCUGAGUGCCGAUAGACAAAGCAUUCGGUCGACUCAAAGCUUCCCGUCUAUUAAGUUUGGAUGGGAUGAACAGGAUCGAUAUCCGGCAUUUGGGUACUUUACACGGAGUUUUGUUAAUCUUUUUUUGCUUUUCUGUCUUUUUUUCCUCUUUUUUUUUGUUCACUUCAUGUUCCAAUAUGUUUUAACUUAUGGCUCUCUUUUGUUGCUUGGAUAA